AUGACUAUGAAAGUUGAUAUCGGAGAAGACAAUGAAGCUUAUCGAAAUCACUGUCUGCGUGUUUUGACGUCCACCAAGUACCACUUGCCCGAUUCGGUGGAGAAGGUGAUCCCCAACUCUAUGGAUUUGGUAGCAAUGGCGCUGGCACACCACGAUGUCGCCCUCUGGACGGAAAAGACACUGGAUUAUCUUGAACCAAGCGCUACUCAUUUGGAUGCCAAGAAAAGGAGAAUGCACGGACGAAGAGGUUGCCAGUAUGAAAGAUAUGUCAUGUAUCAUCACAAGGUAACUGACUUCAAGUCUAGUAGUAGUCGAUCAGAGGAAGCAGACGCACUGGUCAAUGCUGUUCGCAAGGCAGAUUGGGCAGAUGCUAGUAUGGGUGUUGUUCGAUUUGGUUUGCCAGCAGUCUUACUCGAGGCUGCCUAUGACAAGAUUCCAGAAAGUGGCUUUCAUAUGCUUCUAAAUGAUUUUCCACCAAAGCUUUCUCCAGAUAGCUUGAUUGGACAACUGGAUGUAUUGAAGAUAUUUAAAUGAGUCAUGGUCCUUGAUGCUACCUUCCCUCUAUUCAUUGUACUAGGAGCUGCAGGCGUAAUAUUGGGAUGUAUUCUGAUAAAGCCAAUUAUGUUUCCCACCAUUGUGACAUAUCCUUGGAAGGAAGGAGAACAAGAAAAUGACACGGUUGUGUUAGCUGGGUCUUACAAUCCGCCACACCUUGGACAUCUAGCCAUGCUGGAGCACCUGUCAAGACGAUAUACGCGAGUCGUUGCAGUGAUUGGGUUCAAUCCAAACAAGAAGUAUCUUGUGUCACCACAAGAAAGAGUAGAUUUGUUGCGAGAAAUGAUCAAGACAAAACCUGGGAUGAAGAAUGUCCAAGUAGAAGUUGUUGAAGGCUACAUAUGGAGAUGGGCCAAGAAAGAGGGAGCCACCAUAUUCUUCCGUGGAAUAAGAAGUUGGGAAAAGGAUGGGGGAGACGAGAGAUCGCUUCAGAUUCUUAAUACUUGGGGACCACUGCUGCUCGGGCCUUUGGUCUGGCCUAUUCCUACCUGCUAUUUGGAAGGGAAUCCCAAGUAUAAUCAUGUCUCGUCUACUCUAGUUCGAGAUUUGUGUAGGAAGGAUACAAAGGAGAACCAUGAUGCCUUGGCGGAUUUGGUGCCACAGAGUCUCACAAAGUUAGUUGCAAAUCUAUAUGGGGCGAAAGACAAAUGA